AUCUCCCAUCACUCUCUCCACAAAGCUAGAAAUAGUGAAAUGUCCCGCGAUAGAGUGGAGAAACCUUUACCAGAUAUUCCUGAAGAUGAUGGUAGCAGAGAUGAUGAGAAGGGCUUUGGAAAUGUUUUUGCUGAACUUGAAUCCGUGGACUUGCCCCUGGGAACCACAUUAAGGUCUGUGUACGAUGACCAGCCUAAUGCCCACAAGAGGUUUAUGGAGAAGCUUGAGGUCAGGAUCCGUAACCAUGACAGAGAGAUAGAGAAGAUGUGCAACUUCCACCACCAGGGGUUUGUGGACGCCAUCACCGAGCUGCUCAAAGUCCGUGCCGACGCAGAGAAACUGAUGGGCCAGGUUACCGACACGAACAGAAGACUACAAGACGCCGGCAGAGAGGUGACAGCCCAAACGGAGGAGGUGAUUCGCUGUCGGAUACAGCAGAGGAACAUGACUACCACUGUGGAGAGACUACAGCUGUGUAUACCUGUCCUCGAAAUGUACAGUAAAUUGAAGGAGCAGCUGGAAUCCAAAAGAUACUAUGCUGCGUUGAAGACCAUGGAGCAGCUGGAGAAGGUGUACAUCCCCCGGGUCAGCCGCUACCGCUUCUGUCAGAUCAUGGCUGAGAACCUGCCCAAGCUCAGAGAGGACAUUAAGGACAUCUCCAUGUCCGACCUCAAGGACUUCCUGGAGAGCAUCAGGAAACACUCGGACAAGAUCGGAGAGACCGCCAUGAAACAGGCUCAGCAGCACAGGACAUUUAACAGUGUGGUUCAGAAGCAUGACAGUGGUAUGGGCUACACCAAGCCAGUCUACUCCCUGAACGGCCGGACGCCAACGCAGCACAACGGCCUAGCGGCGGAGGAGGGAGUAGACCAACCAGAGGAGGAGGGAGUGGAGGAGGACCAAUCAGAGGAGGAGGUAUUAACAGCCCAGGACCUGGUGGACUUCUCUCCUGUUUACAGAUGUCUCCACAUCUACACCGUUCUGGGUGACAGAGAGACGUUUGAGAACUACUACAGGAAACAGAGGAAAAAACAGGCCAGGCUGGUGCUGCAGCCCCAGUCUAACAUGCAGGAGACCGUGGAGGGUUACCGGCGGUACUUCAAUCAGAUCGUAGGCUUCUUCCUGGUGGAGGACCACGUUCUGCACUCCACACAGGGACUGUUGACCAGAGCCUUUACUGAUGAACUGUGGAACAUGGCCCUGUCUAAGAUCACUGCCGUGCUCCGCACACACUCUUCGUACUGCAGCGAUCCUGACCUGGUGCUGCAGCUGAAGAACCUCAUUGUCAUAUUUGCAGACACAUUACAGGGUUAUGGCUACCCAGUGAACAGACUGUUUGACCUGCUGUUUGAGAUCAGAGACCAGUACAAUGAAACGCUGCUGAAGAAAUGGGCUCUGGUGUUCAGGGAGAUCUUUGAACUGGACAACUACAGCCCUAUCCCCGUAGAGACUGAAGAAGAGUACAAGUCUGUCAUUAGUAGAUUCCCCUUCCACGACGCAGAAAUUGAAAAGCAAGACUUUCCAAAGAAGCUACCGAUGUCUCAGUCUGUGCCUCAGAUCUACGUUCAGGUCAAAGAGUUCAUCUACGCCAGUCUGAAGUUCUCCGAGUCACUGCAUCGCAGCUGGACAGAGAUCGAUGACAUGCUCCGUAAAUCCACCAACCUGUUGUUGACGAGGACACUGAGUGGCUGUCUACAGAACCUUAUCAAGAAACCCCAUAUAGGACUAACUGAGUUGGUCCAGAUCAUCAUUAACACAACCCACCUGGAGCAGGCCUGUAAAUACCUGGAGGACUUCAUCACCAACAUCACCAACGUCUCACCUGAGACUGUGCACACCACGCGGCUCUACGGACUUUCCACCUUUAAGGAUGCACGCCACGCAGCGGAGGGAGAGAUCUACACCAAACUGAACCAGAAGAUAGAUGAGUUCAUCCAGCUGGCAGACUAUGAUUGGGGCAUGCCGGAGUCGGACGGCCAGGCCAGUGGAUACCUCAUGGACCUCAUCAACUUCCUCCGCAGCACCUUCCAGGUCUUCACACACCUGCCGAAUAACUGCAAUGACCAUGCUGCCAUGUCGGGUAAAGUGGCCCAGACAGCCUGUAUGUCAGCGUGUAAGCACUUGUCCACGUCCCUGAUGCAGAUGCUGUUGGACAGCGAGCUGAAACAGAUCAGUAUGGGAGCCGUUCAGCAGUUCAACCUGGACGUCAUACAGUGUGAAUGUAAGUGGACUUAAUGGGAGUUUAGCCAU